AUGUUACUUGUAACAAAGACUCAAGCCUACAAGUUGCAGGCUGCCAAACCACUGGCCAAACAUGUCCCAUCCAAGAAAGCACAACCACCAACUAGAUUCUCCCGUGCUGAGCAGAAGGUUGUACAGGAUUCAUUGGACGAUUCAAACACGGAACAACCAAUGGACCUUGUGACAACAUAUCCAGAUCCACCAGCGCAACCCACCGUGCCACCAUUGGAGCCUGCAUUGGUCCUGGCAACAGCCCAAUCAUUGACAUGCAUCUGGGAGGCACAAAUCAGGUCACCCGCACCCCGAAACCCACUGGAGCCUGAGCCAACUGCAAGGGACAUAUUGCAUAGCAUGCACAAUCUCGGCAGGCAUUUUGAUCUUCUUGCCACAAAUGAGUGGGUGGAUGCGUUGGACGAGAGGUUAGACUCGGUGGAGGAGCAGCUUGAUAUCAGAUUGACUGUGCUGGAGCAACGGUUAAACACAUUGGCCAAGCAGUGGAAAGCGACCUCAUCAACUGUGGGCAAUCUGUCCAUGGGCCUUCAUAAACUCAAAGACAAUGUGGCUCUUCAUCGCCCUUGUGAGCACAUUGGUGGAAGUAUAGCAUCACAACAACAAAAUGCAGCACUGCUCCCAUGGACACUCCAAAAUGCUGGUAGCGGUAAUGAAGGCAUGGCUAUCUCGCAGAUUGGGAGGCCACCUCGUGGAUGGACAGAACCUGGUAAUAUAAGAAGGGGACACAAUUCCGGCAGGUCAACAUCUGCUGCUCAGAUACCGGGAGCAUCACUUUCAUUGUUGUCCUCACCUCCUUCCUCUUGA